AUGACACGAAACGCUUCUCAAAAGCAGCCGCUACUGCAGCGGCAGUCAAGUCAAGAUUCUUAUGGCUCUGUUGAUAAGACUCCCACUUCACCUCCGAGCUCCGUAGACGAAGGCGAAAUCGCUACGUCCCCGAUCGGUCGGACACUCUCGUGGCAGAGUGCUUACAUUCUCGUCAUCUCGCGCGUCGUCGGGAGCGGCAUCUUUGCGACUCCAGGAACAAUAGUUCAAUCUGUCGGAAGCCCUGGCUUGUCUCUGCUCCUAUGGGUCGUUGGAGCUGCCAUCGCUGCGUGCGGGUUGGCAGUGUCUCUCGAGUACGGGUGCAUGCUUCCGAGAUCUGGAGGCGACAAAGUCUUUAUCGAGUUUACAUACCGACGACCACGAUUACUCGCAUCUACAUUAUUCGCCUUAUACGCGGUGCUACUCGGCUUUACGGCCAGUAACUGCAUCAUCUUUGCGCAAUACACGCUCUUCGCUUUUGGCAUCAACAAAGACGAUGACUUUUGGAGCAAAACCCUCGCCGUCGGGCUCUUGACAGCCGUAACAAUAAUCCACGGAGUAUUCCCCAAGACGGGCAUCAGAAUCCAAAACUUUCUCGGCUGGAUAAAAAUCGCCAUCAUCUUGUUCAUGAUCCUCUCUGGCUUCUACGUCGUCCUCUUCCGUCCCAACAUCGACGCCGUACCCCAAGGUCAACUCGCAUGGGAGCAUCUAUGGGAUGAUAGCAGCUGGAACUGGGGCGUCAUUGCGACGUCGCUGUUUAAGGUCUUUUACUCGUACGCUGGUCUUGAUAAUGUGACCAAUGUGAUGAACGAGGUCAAGAAUCCCGUGCGGACUUUGAGGUCUGUUGCGUUGACGGCUCUGGCGACGGCGUGCGGCAUGUAUCUCCUCAUCAAUGUCGCAUACUUUCUUGUGGUGCCCAUCGACGAUAUUAGGGGUAGUGGUGAGCUCGUUGCAGCGCUCUUCUUUGAGAAGCUCUUUGGAGAGAGUUUUGGUCGCAAGGUUCUUCCUAUGGCAGUUGCUUCAUCUGCCAUCGGCAACGUCCUCGUGGUAGCAUUCGCCAUGGCCCGAAUCAAGCAAGAAAUCGCCCGACAAGGCUUUCUCCCCUACUCAUCCCUCCUCUCCUCCUCACGCCCCUUCAACUCGCCCCUAGGCGGCUUCUUAAUCCACUACAUCCCCUCUUUCUUAGUAAUGGUGCUCCCCACAGGCGACAUCUACUCCCUGGUACUCGAGAUCGACGGAUACGCCGGGCAGAUGAUCGCGCUGGCGGUGGCCAUCGGUCUCGUCAAGCUCCGGGUGGAGAGGCCGGAUUUAAAGCGUCCGUUCAAGGCGUGGCUUCCGGCCGUGUUUUUGAGGAUAGCGCUGAGCUGUGGGUUGUUGGCUGCGCCAUUCUUCCGGCCUCCGGGUGAGACGGCGACGUAUGCGGUUGUGGGAUUGAGCAUAUUCGCUUUGGGUGUUGUAUACUGGUACAUGUGGACAAUCGCGAUUCCUCGCUGGCGAGGAACCAGGCUAGAGGAGGAAACACACGUGCUAGAAGAUGGGACCACCAUCACCAAACUAAGAUAUCAGUAG